UGGGCAUUGGGUCUUUGCAGAAGGAAAAAGCGCCAACUUCUGCGGCAGCUCUGAAAUUUCAUCAAAAAUAAACUUGACUUGGCAACAAUGUGGGAUAGUGUGUAAGAUCUACUGAACUGCAAGUAGAGAUGACAAUCAGUGUGAGGUUCGCUGUUGCUUCCAUGUAAACUGACCCAGUCUUCACAAAGUUCAGAAAAGAUGCCAGUCCUUCAGGGAGACACGGUUGUUGCGACGCUGGGGAGCCCCAUAAAAAAGAAUAAACUGUCCCUGAAGUUUUUCCAUAAGAAGGAAACCAAGCGGGCAUUGGAUUUUUCUGAGCCCGUGGCCGAUGAGCCCAAAACGGCAGAACCAGUGGAGCAGGAGCCGAGCAGCUGUGACCAAGUCGUCCCUGGCCCCUGCCCGCCAUCUCCCAGCUUCCUUUUGUCUCUGGAGAAGAAGGAAAGCUUGGUGCCGUUCAUUGGCUUCAACAACUUAGGAAACACCUGUUAUUUGAACAGCGUGUUGCAGGUGCUGUACCACUGUCCAGGGCUUAGAGAAGGCAUCAAGAAACUGCACAGCCUCUCCAAGAAGAAAGAAAAAACAAAAGAUGAAGGCGAGAAACCUGAAGAGACAGAAGAGGAGACCGUUCCGCCCCACAUAGAUCUCCUCUGUAGCUUUAAUAGCCUCAUCACUUCAGUGGAGGAGCUACAGUCCAGUUUUCUCCUCAACCCCGAUGGCUUCACAGAGGGAGACAUGGCCACGCCUCCUCGGAAAAUACUCAAUACACUCAGGCAGCUCAACCCCAUGUAUGAAGGCUACCUCCAACAUGACGCUCAGGAGGUGCUGCAGUGCAUCUUGGGAUAUCUGCACGAGGCCUGUGACACCAUAAAAAAGGAGCAGGAGUUGGAGAAGGAGAAAAACACUGUGCCUGAGGUUAAACAGGAAAAUUCCAAGACCUCCACAGAAGAGGAUGGACAAGUCAACGGAAAACGAAAAAGUGAUACAGAAGCUGGGAAUGCCAAGAAGAAACCAAAAUCUGUCCAGUCAAAAUCUUCAGAUGGGGAGAAGGAGGAGAGUGGGAGUACUGUACAAACUCGGUCUAAGAGAAAAUCUUCAAAUGAUUCUCCAAUAGAGUCUGCUCAGGGCAAGGAUGGAGAGCUGGAGAAAAAGAAUACUGAAGGGAUGAGCCUAGAGGAUGAAAAUGAGGUUGAAAAAACUACAAAAGAGACAGAUGGGAAAAGGAAGAAGAGAGCUAAGUUAGGCUGGCUCAGACCCUCCAGGAAACAGCCUAGUAUAUUUUCAAAGUUCCGCAGUGUUGGACGGAUCAGUUCCAUUACAGCUAAAACCCAAGGAAAAGAGGAGACAGAGGAGAAGACGGAGGAGAGUGUGGAGGAGAGUAAAGAGGCCACACUGGACACAAAAGCUGAAGAGGACUCAACAAAGACAGAUGCCGUGUUGGACUUGAUGGAGCACCUGUUCCAGGGGCAGCUGGUUUUGAGGACCCGUUGUCUGGAGUGUGAGAGCUUCACUGAGCGCAGAGAGGACUUCCAGGACAUCAGUGUUCCUGUGCUGGACGAGCAGCCCCCCAGCCCAGAGGACCUGUCGGAAAUCUCUCCAGACCCCAAACCAGAACUGAAGACCCUGAACUGGGCGAUUGGUCAGUUUGCGUCGGUGGAGCACAUCUUUGGAGAGGACAAGUAUUUCUGCGAGACGUGCCAUCACUACACUGAGGCCGAGAGGAGUUUGCUGUUUGACAAAACCCCAGAGAUCGUCACCAUUCACCUCAAACGCUUCUCUGCAAACACACUCGAUCUGGACUUGUACGCCGGCCUCUCCAAAGUCAACACUCCUCUGCAGACCCCCUUAAACCUGUGUCUGGACGAGUGGUGCACACGACGCUCGGCGAAUGGCCAGAACUACGAGCUGUUCGCCGUGGUCAUGCACAGCGGCGUCACCAUCAGCAGCGGGCACUACACCGCCUUCGUGCGCAUGUCCGACCUGAGAGACAUGAAACUCUCGUCCCCGCAAGACAAGGACGAAGAGCGGCCAGAGGAGGCGGAGAAAGAAGAAAAAACGGAGAAAAAGGUGAAAGAGGAAGCCCUGGAUUACGACGACGGAGAGGUGUCAUUCUCCAGAGCGCAGACAGGAGGCGCUAUAGGGAAAACCAGGAGUAAAAAGACUUCUGAAGGCGUGGGGCUCUUGGGUGGGCAGAGGAGUUUGUCUGCGUGUGAACUUAAACAAGAUAAUAAUAAAAACACAUCGGAGGGGACGAAGAGGAGGAAGACUUUGGGCAGUGCGGGGCAGAACGUCGAAACAGGACUUAAGAAAGUACAGGAUUCACAAGACGCUACAGAAAAGACGGCGUCCGAUGAGAAAGCCUCGGAAAGCAAGGCCCUGAGCAAGCUUUUGGAUUACGAGGGGAAAUGGAUGCUUUUUGACGAUUCGGAGGUGAGAAUGUUCGACGAAGAUGACUUUUUAAGAGCCUGCUCCCCCGAAACCGCCUCCUCGUCCACGCCAUACCUGCUGUUCUAUAGACGGACGCGCAAACAGUGAAAAAACGGACAUAGUAGGCAUAGUAACUGUUGCCAGGGUGACGUGGUAACAAAUUUUUAAUAAAACAACAGUGCCAAUAUUGUGAACAUUACAGUGGAAGCCAUAAGCUGUCAGCGCAGAGUUUCGAUAACACUUUAUUUCUUACCUACAUGCUUUAUUAAGACUAAUUAAGGUGAACAAAGAGUUGAGUCAUAAUGAGAAAUCGUUUAAGAGUGAUUCAGGCUUGGUAAAUACUUAGGGUAUAAAUUAAAUGGUUUCUUAGCCUGGAUCAUUCUUAACAAACUAGGGCUGCAAUUUUAUUUCAUUAGCUGAUUAAGAAGGGGGCGUGGCAAAGGAUUUCAAAACUAUUGUGUAUCUCUGUGGAUCUGAAACCGGAUUGCACUCAAAACUACACCUGCAAGAAUUAAUGUAAAAACAACUUUAUAAAGUUGUCAAUCUUGAGUUUAAAUAAUAGACCCAUUUAAAUCUAUAGAUUGGUAAGACGUGAAAUUAAUCGUCUAAAGGACAACAGCCCUACUAUAAACUAUUAGUGCACCUUUAUUUCAUUAUGGACUAUGUCACUUUUUGGUCGAGGAUCCCUCACUUGCUUGUUUCUAUGCAUAUGUCAUUGCUCCGCCUGAAAUGUUCCACAGUGUGACAUUAAAAAUGCUUCAAAAAUACCUAGAAAAUCAGGCAUUCUGACUGUGAGCUUGGUCAGGUUUGGUCUCCAUGGAGAUAGAAAGGUUUAACACCAUACCGUGCAACAUUCCAGAUAAAUCUCCAAUAACAGCUCCACGGAGAAAAGCGUUUGACGGACCCUCCACCAGAAAAGUUACGCAAUGCACCUUUUAAAUACGUGUUCAUGCAAAUAAGGCAGACAUUUGAGUCGCAGUUAUUAUAAAGUGGUAUUGAAAUCUCUCUCGACUUGUAUCCAGGGACUGAAAUGUCAAAGCUUUCAAAGAUGUUCAAGUCUGUUAUUCUAGUCUUUUUGAUAGUCUGUAAACCAGGGCCUUUAAAUAAGACAUUUGCUGUAUUCUUAAUGUAACUUUAUAUGCACUGGCUUUGCUGUCAGUUAUAUUGUUAUAUUCUGUCUCCUGGGUUCUUUCGUGUGUGUGUGUUGUUGUUUUUUUGUUUUUUUUAGCCCGUUUUUUGCAAAUUUGAAAAGCACUUUUGAACAUUCAUUCCAUUUAGUACAAUUAGAAUUUUUGUUGCCACCCUCUAUUGACCAGUUUUUUUUCUAAUCUCUAUCUCACAGAGCAAAUGAUUUUUUUCUCGUGCUGCAGAGAAUAAAGUGAAUUCUCCUUUUCUAUUCGAAUUAAGGUAAUUUUCAAAUAUCAUUUAAAUUUCAGACAGAAGUACCUCUAUGUCAUUAUAAAUGCUUAACAAACCAAAAUCAGCCAUGAAUUCCAAAUAAUAUCAGACAGCUGUAUCCCUCUUUAUUCAAACAUUCCUUAUUUUAAGACACAUUUCAAGAGAUUUCCCAGUAGCAAAGACAGUAACUAACUUUUUCUACACAAAUUCUAACAAUGAAUGUAACUUGACAUACCAUUCUCAAGCAUUUGACACAAGGUUUUUGAGGUAAUAUAUUAAAGGUGGACUGUAACUUCUUAGGUUGAGGGUCCGUUACUUGCUUGUCUCCAUGGAUCCAUUAUUUUUUAUAUUUAUUUCUUUGCCUGGAAUGUUCCACAGUGUUGCAUUUAACAUAUCUCUUUUGCAUUUGUUCAGUUACAUGUGUUCUGUAGCUCAAAAAUACACUGAAAACAUUCAUUCUUACCAUGUACAGGCUUAUUUCUCCACAGAUCUUACCAUUAACUUGUCUCUAUUGUGAUUAUUGGAGACAAGCAGGUAGCAGACUCUCACCCAGAAAAGUUACAAAGCACACCUUUAAAUAGAGAAGAAAAUAUUUAACAAUAAUUACAAGCAAACUAAUUUUCCUUUUCCAAUUUCAUGCAGCAGUGUAAAAAUAGUAUAACAGGCACAGUAUCUAGGCUUAGUACAUGUACCAUUGUCCUUGGACCUUGUUUAAACAAAUAUAUUUUUCUAAAUGUGAUUAGUUCAGUUUAUCUUGCUUAUAAACCUGUCAUUUUAACAUUUAGUGCACACUUACUAAUGUAAAUAAAAGUGCCUUAAAGAUGUUCUAUACUGAGUUUCUUUUAGACUACUGUGUAACUAAGAAUCUCAUACUAAUUUCUGUUAAAUAUAUGACCAAUGUUAUUCAGCCAGUCUCCAGUAUUGUCUCCAUGUGUGUUUUAAAAGUGUGCUAGUCUAGCUAUAUAUAUUACCUCUGUUAAUUAAAUGCAUUUUCUCACCUCUCAGGAUCUGUUUUAAUUAUGACGGGUAUGGUUUUAUUUGUCAUAUUUAUAAAGCAAAUCUUCUGUUCAUUAAGCUUAUUUACCCUGUACAAUACCAGCUAUGUAACAAUGAAUUUAUUCAAACCUGAUGUCGCAGCUGUAGAAGCAAUAAAACUCUUUACCUCAGUGA